GGUCAUAACGGCGCUCGUCUGCUGCACUGAAUACCACAAAUGUAUUCACGAGCGGAUUCUAUUCGAGGGCAAUUGAACGCAAUGCGUUGAGCGAUCGGUCUGUUCUCAACUUCUUGAUCAAAAGCGCAAAACAUGUUGUGCACCUCUCCGACUGGCUCGAAACUCGAAUCCCUACCUCAGCGGCCGCCAACACCACCGCGAGAUCUCUCCAAAGAUGUGGACGACGCCUUACAAUUUCUACGUGACGGUCAUGAGAACAUCAUUCUAGGAUCGGUUGUAUCUGAGACGAAUCUUUCAGUAGAGGUUGUCCAGUCUCCACCAGAGAGUCCAUUGCCGAUCGAGGCUACACCAACCGCCAAAAGAGUCGGAUUUUCGAACAAUCACACAUAUCACGAUGUGCUUGCUCCUGGCAUGUCAAGCCCGCUGCUUUACACUUCAUCGAAACAAGCCGCCCUCAGUCGGUCCACAAAACCUCUCAGGUCAAUCCUCAAGCCUACUCAAGGCCAAACCCCACUCUCGCCCGAGGAUUUGAACACCGCACUUAAUUGCUUCUCACCACAAGAGCCUGGCAGCUUCCGCAAGAUGCUAAAUUCGGCUCUACAACAUCUUGGGCGUCCCUCGCGAAGUGCUCGCCUCGAUGCUUACCUUGCGCUCAAUGGAGCGCUCAAAACCUACGAUGGAAUCCCCGACCCAGAGGCAAUAUUGGGUAAGAGUAGCUUGCUUGUGCAAUUCAUGGCGCGAGACUUGGCAUGGAAAGACGACGAAGGUCGUGUCGAUAGGGAUAUCGUCACGCAGGCACUACAUCUGGCUAGUGCCAUAAUCUUCAACGCACGUACAGCACAUGCGCUGGAUGAAGAAUUCCGUUCGUUUCUACUUGAGCGAUCUCUCGUCGUUCUGGACCAACCGGAGAUGCCAAAGGCAGUCAUCAAGGGACACAUGCUGCUACUCUGCCAACACAGACUGCAUGUUGCUGUCUUGACACCGGCCCGGGCUGAAAAGCUCAUCUCGGCCUUGUACACCAUCCAAGACCGGUGUUCUGGGAACAGCUUCAUACCCGCUCGUCUGAUCAUCUACCACAGAAUAUUGGAGCAGGCACCUGGUACGAUGCUUGGGAAAAUGCGGGAAUGGGUUGAACAUGUGUUUCAUGGAUUGCUAAGCAACCAUAAAGAGACCCGCACCCGGGCGUUGGAAACGUUGACGGCAGCUGGCCUCAGUCUGGGCACUAACUUCCAAGCGGCGAAAGGAAUUUAUGAACUUUUUGAGCAAAAAUCGAGUGAAGAGGAGAAGUACGGGGAGUUCCUCCUACGAAAGCUGUGGGACAAUGUCGAAGAUCCCGGAAUGGCGCCUUAUGUGCCCCAGAUUUGGACUGCUGUCAUUUUGUUCCUUCGCUCCAAGCGAAGGCCGUUUGAAAGAUGGCCCAGUAUCAAGCAUUGGCUGCGCUUACUUCAGAGGUGCCUCAACUCUGGAGACAAUGCAAUCCGACACCAAGCACACAUUGCUUGGAACAGACUUGUAUUCUCUGUCAUGCCGGACUCUUCGACCUCUGACAGUUUUCGUGCUAUGUUGAAAGUGCCAAUCGAGGUCGGAUUGAAGAUACGCGUCAAGGACAAACACUCACAAGUACAACGUGCGCUGGCAAUGGAGAGCUUUUGCAAUCUAGUACAUUAUGCUAUGCGACCAGGGCUCUCCCACGAUGAGAUCGAUGCGGCAUGGAAUAUGUACAUCGAUGGCGUUCUGGGCCCAGUGGCAAGCUUCAGCAGCAGAGGCUCCCAAUUUACAUGCAACGUCCUUCAGGGGCUAUUCUCAAGGAGCGAGAGCGUAUGGAACAUAAACGCAGCGAAUGAGCCCAGGGCGAUCAAGCCUGAGGAUCUUGCACGGCUCGAACCCAGGUGGAUACGCUCUAGAUUCUCGCUGAUUGUGGGGCUCUUGGAACCGGUUUUAGCAAUGCAUUUGAGCCCCCAGGCGACCGAUCGUUCGCAUGUUGAUCGAUGUUGGCAAUCAUGUUUGACAGCAAUCGCGGAAGCUGGGACGCAGGAGGUCAAAACUUCAAACGAGUUGAAAGAGGUCAUUGCUCAGUUGACGAAUCUUUUCCGGCGACUAUGGAGCACGAGCGCCGAGCUUCUGUCUGCCGAUGAAAUUUCUACAUGGUUUGCACGAUUUCAGUCCUUGGUCGAAGCGGCAAUUGAUACACUUGGACAAGGACAUUUUGUGCAAGAUUUUCUGACUAUGACAGGCUCAGAUGAAGUGGCAGCAACAGUGACCCCUUCUUCCCGGGCUUCGAAACAUCCACUGCCAACUCGAUCCCCAGCCGUACUCCUGAUGGCCUUGCACUGCAGAGCGACUAAGGCAGUAUGUCAAACUGAAAGUUAUGCGCGAUCUCCUGUAUGGCUGUUGCGGCUGCUUGUGGGCACAAAGAGUGCCUUAUCAACAAAUAUGCUCAUACUACAACGCUCGCUGCAUAUAUGCCUUGACCCAACAUCCAUGAAUCAGAACCCAGACUCUAACGAAAUCAUAUGGACCUCCAUCGCUCAAUCGGCGGUCGUACUCAUUGACUCACAAAACGAGCUGACUUCGAAUCGUGAAGGGCCGAUCAAUACAAUUUUGAAAUCAGCGCUUUUCAUCUUACAGCAUGGCAUCCAUUUGACAUCCGGGAGUCGUACGAGCCAACACUUGAUGACGACACUUUACGCCACUUUGUGCACUUUCGCUUUGCACCGCGGCGGAGACGGCAGCCUUGUUCUAGGAAUAAUGGAGCCCUUUGCGAAGAUUAUUGCUGAUAAUUCCGCGACGGUGACGGUCGAAACCGUGAUUCAGCUCACAACAGUUGUCCUCAAACAUAGUCGAUGGCCCAAGAAUCGUCAAGCGUUGGACCUUGGCAGGAAAUAUGUUGGAGGUUAUAGUCUCGACUCACCGAAGACAACAGCAUUCGAUCCUUUCGAUUGUGUCUAUACUAUGGUCUGCACGGCUUCCAAGAAAGCCUACUGUACGAGCUUGAAGGCAGAGUGUCUCCAGCUUUUCUUCGAAUCAUUCAUUCAAUUCCUGCGGGGCUGCCCUCCAGCAAUACUCGGGGCUGCGUUGAGGCGGACGCAAGAGACAAUCACAAAUUGGGUCGAAGAUCAAAAUCAAGAAGUAUUCAGGGGGUCUGUUCUGCCUGAGCAUGAAGCGAAUACCUCAACGUCCGUUGUACAGUGCUGGACGUCUGUGCUCGACCUUGUCCGAUCACUACCUCGCAAAGAACCAUCCCCACUCAAGUCGCUUGAGCCACUUUUUAUUGCAGGCUUCUCAAGUCCGUGCAAGGACGUGGUCAAUGCCACUAUCACUUUCUGGAACACAACAUUCGGUAUUGAGACUGCACUGCGGUACCCGCCCACAUUGGAGGCAGUGCUUUUCGCCCGCUCCUUACAGGCUGACUUGUUAUUGCCUGGUUUGAGGAAAGAUACUGAGAACAUCGCCUCGUUUGAGCUUCCAGAGAUGAUCGACCUCUCGCAGACCAAUAUAACGACAGCUGACAUUGUGCCAAACUUGGGCAUGACAUCUCGGCUCGCGACCAUGCUGCGUAGACCAGAGACUGAGAAUACGCUGAUCAGACAGCAUCUUGCGCAGACAGCGUUGGCUCGUCAAGCAAGUCCUGCGAAGGUGGCACUGCCAAAACAACCAAUUUCGCUUCCAAAGCUCCGUCACGAUGACUCACAGAUCGAGUUUGCUGCCAUCGAGCCAUCAUCCCCAAUUUCUGAAGGAACCUCGCAGCUGCUGACCGAUCGACAAUUGGAGAUCCGUGAGAGACAAAGGGACGAUGCGCACAUGUAUCCGCAGAUGUCCUCGAGUCCACUGCCAACGGGAGACCCGACUAUCAAACGGCUUGUGUUCGCACCACCUUCAGUCAGCGUGAGCACGUCUGGAGCGCUCGAAACGCCAGGGGAGUUCAAUGACGCGAAUCCUAUGAGCGAUGAUCUUCCAUCAUCACCCACACCCAAAGCUGUCAAACAAAUUGCGGGUCCUGUUGUUCUACAGGAAGACGCAGAGGAAGAUUAUGGUGAUGAUGACGACAGUGAUCUCGACUCCGCUCCACCGUCAUCGCCUCCUCAUAUCAGCGAAGAGGGCCAUCAAAACAAGCUCCACGAGAAAUUCCCGGACGACAAUCCCCUCACGACUGACGCGGUCGCCAUGCCCAACAAAGUCUCGCUGACAGAGGAUGGUGGCAUGGGAACUGAACAAUCUGACGUGACAACUGAAUCAGAUAUUGAGACUGCAUUGAAUCUGCAGUCCGAUUCAGCACUACCAACGGCCCAGCUACUUCGCGAAGAAGCCGCUGCGGUGAAUGGUGAAGCAUCGCCAGAACAGCAAACUGUAGUCGACCGAUCUGCCGCCGAAAUUCGAUCACAGAUGAGCCAGAAGUACGUGGCCGGUGACACUGGUCAAACCGAAGACGUAGAAUCAUCGCGAGCAUCAAGCCCACUUGAAGUAGAUGAUAUGACACAACUCAGUGCAGUCUCGGCAUCACAAGCUGAGGAGCCCGCAGAGCAACGCGCGAACGGCAAGAAACGCAAACGCGCUUCAGGAACAAUAUACACAUCACGGAAGCGCAAGCCUUCGUCGCCACUCAAGAAGCUCAUAACAAACAUGCUUGGAAUGCAGCAGCAAGAUGAAGAUGGGGAUAUUGGUGAAGAGAUCGUCGUCGCCAGCAACCAAUCACCUGGAGUGUCAUUUAUGGACGAUGAGUCGGAUGCCGUAGAGGAGACAGGACAGUCCCAAGAAGAUCAAGCUGGCAAUCAAGCAGUCGAUAUCGCUGUGGCCGAGACGUUAGCUGUCCAAGGUAAGCGUAGUCGGGGCAGACCACGCAAGCAGGACAAAGGCAUGAACAUCGGAAGGGAGCCCGCUGUCAAAUCACUGAAACGACGAGCAUCAAACAUGAGCGCUGAUCUUGCUUCGGACGAUGGAGUUCAGGAUGGAAACUUCGAGAUCAUGAAGCUGCGUGGAGGCCGCAGUGUAGGCCGUAUCAGGACUUCGCAGCCAUCACAAGAAAGUCCGCGUUCAAUUCGCGCUACGAGACGAUCGUCCUUGGCUGCACAUGCUCGAGUUCAAGAAGAUAAUCACGAGCAACCUGUGGAAGCUACGAAUCCUGAUGAACCAUCCACAUCUCAGGAACAGCCGCGCGACCCGGUCAACGAACGCAAGAUCGCGCAACCUAAGAGUUUGCUCGGCCGUCUACGCGAAAUUCUCGCCGAGUGUAGGAACAUGAUCCUGGGAUCACAAGAGGAGCGCGAAUUCGACAAUGUUCUGUUCGAGAUGCGUCGGGAGAUUCAUAAUGCUGGGCGACGCAGCAGGAAUGAAUCAUCGACAUGAUACGGUAGAAGGACAAGAAAGUGAUCGGGGAAAUUUCAUGGUGCGCGUUAUGACCCACGUCAUUCUUUUGUGGACGUCAAUGUAUAUCAGAUGAACGUGUCAAAUUUCCUCGGCAGGAUUACAAUGACACCCUAUUUUUUUGAUCUGCGUUAAAGAUGAGUAGGUGCUCGAUGGCAAUCUGACAUAAUGAGAGACACAGUAGGUC